AUGUUGCCGAGACCACUUCUCACAGCCGCCACCAUGGUGGUGGCGCACGGGUAUCCAGCCUACCGCUGCUUCAAGGCCAUGCAGCGACGCCGACCCGACCUGCACGAGCUCCUCUUCUUCUGCCAGUUCUGGGUGCUGCUGUCGCUGCUAGCCCUUCUCGAGGGCCUCGCCUCGCCGCUGCAGGACUGGGUACCGCUGUACCACGAGGCCAGGCUCGCCUUCAUCGUCUACCUCUGGCACCCCCGCACGCAGGGCACAGAGAUUGUGUAUGGGUCCAUGCUGCAACCUCUGCUGUCUCGCCACGAGCCAAUCAUUGACCGCCACCUGACACACCUGGAGGAGCGGGGAAGGGACAUGGCUGUGGAUUGCUGGCGUGCUGGCGUGGCAUACACUGGUGCUCGAUUUGAGGAGCUCAUUGCUUACCUGGCGUCCCUGUCAGCACAGGCUGCUGCGUCAGCAGCGCUGCGAGGGCUGGAGGGGAGGGGGAGGAAGGGAGGCGAGGAGAAGCAGCAGGAGGAGGUGAGGGGAAGGAGGAAGUAUCUGCAGCAAUACGGAGGGGAAGCAGUGCAGCUGAGGUCGGCUGUUGCUGACAGGGGAGUGCAGAAUUCGAGAUAUGAGAGGCGGCUGCAGGGGGACGAAGCUGAGGGCACAGCCUAUGAUGGGCGGAGAGCAGAGGCGGAGGAGCAGAGGUUGCAGCAGGGGAGCGAGCAGAGGCAGGGAGUGCAGAGGCAGGCAGUGCGGUACAGGAAUGUUGACUCGGAUUCGGAUGGGGACAGUGGGGAGAGCAAUGGGGCGAGCGGUGGGAGUGGUGGGAGUGGGGCGAGCAGUGAGUUUGAGAUGGUGGAUGCGGAGAGGGAGUUCAGCACAGGACCAGCAACAGAUGAGCGUGCAGCUGCUUCUGCAGCUGCCGCAGUUGCCACUGCAGGCAGUGCUGGUAGUGGUGGCACAGGGCGAGGUGGGGGCAGCGGGUGGUGGGGAAGCAAGCAGCUGGCGGGCCUAGCCAGAGCGUUGAGCCCCUCAAACAGCCAAGCAAGGCAGGCAUCAGCAGCACCACCACCUGCCAUGCUGCUCGGCGCUCUGCCUCCAUCUGCUCUGCUGCCAGCUGGGGUUGCAAGUGGGUUUGAUGACGUGGCACCAGACCAAGUGGAUGACGUGGCAGCAGCCACAGUGGUGGGGGAGGCGUCGCCUCAUCCGAGUGGGAUCAACCUUCGCCCUCGGCGGUCCCAGCGGCCGAAGAAGCAGUUCUAG